AUGGCGGGUCAGCCCUCCAUCUUGGAUGAGUUCCUCGCCGGCGUAGCCGUCCAAAUUCAGAAUCGAGAUGGCGCCAAGCUGCAGGACUUCCUGCAGAUUGAGCCUCCCUUGUCAGAUGCAUACCAGCGCAUGAUUAACGAGCUACGUCAACGAUAUCCACCCGGUGCGCAGAGCGAGUCGGGGCUUUUGCUUCGAUGCGAGGCCCUCGUGCCGCAGGCCAAAGGCGCUUCGUCAUGGACCGCGUUUCCGACGUUCAUGAAGCUCUAUUUCACAUUCCUUCGAGAUGUCAAUACCGAUAAUCUCCUCGACACAUACAAGCAGCUCAAAGCAUUGCUUAAUCAAUGCGUCCUAGCCCUCGGAGACAGCCAAAUGGGCGUGAUUGUGCUCCCCACUGUCCUCUACUUUUCAAAGGUGCUGGCAAAGCUCGCCAUGGGAUUGGACCGCCGGCCGGAACUGAUCGCACACAUGUUGCGCAUGGAGGGCAGCAUGGACAACGAAGAGGGCAGUGAAAAGGUCACACUGGUGGAGCAGUCGGCAAACGUGGUGCGCGAGGCUUUCAUCAAGUGCUUGACAGACCGCACCGGUACUCCAGGCCCUCACGGCAAGCCUGAGGGAAAGCGGGUGGGAAUCUAUCUCAUGGCGAAUCUGUGUCUCAAGCUUCUCUUCCAGUGUGGCAAGCUGCGCAAUGCCGAACAAAUGUUUGCCAGUAUCAGCGCCCAGUCUCCUCCGUUGGCCCAUUUCCCGGCAUCACAGCGCGUCACCUAUCUCUACUACCUCGGACGAUAUCUAUUUUCCAACAACCUCUUUUACCCGGCUCUCGUGGCCCUCCAAGCCGCCUAUGAACAAUGUCAUCGGCAAGCGAUCAGUCAACGACAUCUGAUUCUUGCCUACCUGAUCCCGUCCAAUAUUAUUAUGGGCCGGUUUCCUUCUCGCGAGCUGCUGCGACGACCCGAGGCGAAUGGGUUGACAGAGCAAUUUGAGCAAUUGCGUAGACUGAUCGUCCGUGGGGACUACAUCGCAUUCCGAGAAUAUCUCUCCCCGACCUCGCCUGCUGCCGAGUGGUUUGCGCGGAAGGGCAUUUUGCUCACUCUCCGGAACCGGUGUGAGAUCAUGGUCUGGCGCUCCUUCUGUCGAAAGGUGUUUAUUCACAGUGGAUAUCUGGGGGACCCACAGGCGCAGGCGCAGCGUGGACCCCCACCCUAUCUCUACCUUGAGAAGCUGGCCGUGGCCACUAGAUGGUUGCAAGCCCAGCACCGUCGAUUACAACCGUCGAAGACGCACGCCGGCGAAAAGAUCGACUUUCACUUCUUUGGAUCUCAGGUGAUCCCCCAGUCAAUAGAUCCGGACUUUGGCGAUCUCGAUGGGCCCGAGCUUCCAGAGGCAAGCUACUUGCUAGAACGGUAUGGGGACUAUCUCGCACCAGAUGGGUUCUUCGACGAAAGUGGCCAGUGGCACGAGAAUGUCCCUGGACAAUUGAUCGAUGGUGACCCCGGCGCUGAUUGUGACCCCACGGAAUUGGAUCCUUACGCCGAGUCUACAGAAGAUGGGCCCGACGCGGACAGACAUUUCUUGCUCAUGGAGGAGAUUGAGACGAUUCUCGCCUCACUUCUGGCUCAAGGAUUGAUGCGUGGGUAUUUGACCCACCGCAAUCCCCGUUUCGCUAUUCCCGGGGCUCGACAACGAGGUGCUCUACCGACAGGGUUCCCCAACAUCUGGGAGACCAUUUUCUCUCGUGAGAGAGAAGACUCGAAUGUUCCCGGCUGGGUUUGCCCACCACCUCCAGGAGCGCUGGGCGCGGCUGGCGGCGGACGUGUGGUGAACUUGUCUGGCGCCCGACCCGUUGGAGUGCAAUGA